UCCCGGCAGUGAGUGACCUCUGAGUUAGGGAAGGGUGUCGGCUCAGGCCCUGGCUGGGCCUGACAUCUUCCCAGGGCUCGGGGGCCGAGUCUGGGCGCCCAGCAGACCCCCGGCUGCCAGCGCUUCUCGGGCUCAGGCACGGGGGUGAGAACGGACGCUGCAGAGGCCACGAGGGUGAUGUCAUGUGGCCUGUGCUUUGGACCGUGGUGCGUACCUAUGCUCCCUAUGUCACAUUUCCUGUGGCCUUUGUGGUCGGGGCUGUGGGUUACCACCUGGAAUGGUUCAUCCGGGGAAAGGAUCCCCAGCCUGUGGAGGAGGAGAAGAGCAUCUCUGAGCGCCGGGAGGACCGCAAGCUGGAUGAACUGCUAGGCAAGGACCAUACCCAGGUGGUGAGCCUUAAGGACAAGCUGGAAUUUGCCCCUAAAGCUGUCCUGAACAGAAACCGCCCGGAGAAGAAUUAACGAAGGACACAGAGCCCUAUGGGUCCUUGUGUGGGCCAUGACUGGCCCUGCCACCAUGUCCACCCUGCUCCAGAACCCACAUGGGAUUUGCUGUGUUGCUCAUUCUUGCCCCUCCCGUACCACCCAGCCCCGCACACAUUGGCCGCUCUUCUGUUGCUAGGCGGACACGCGAACAGCUGGGGGGCCAGGGAAGAGGAGGGCCCUUGAGGGUUCUGGCCUGAAGGCUGCAUGUGUUGUAUGGUGGCCGAAACUGCUCAGGCUUCUGUGCUUCUGGGCGCACUUUGGGGAGGAGUAUCAUGAAAUGAAUGAUGGCUGGCUCUUUCUUUGGGGAGGUACUUUGGCCUCAAGUGGGAGUGGCUGGGGUUGGCAUGCUGCCUUAGGAGGGAUGCCUACAUGCCUAGGUCCAGGGUACACUGGGAAGAAUUCAAAAAGCUACCUGACUCCCUUCACUAGUUUGCCCUCUUCUUGUACUCAUUCUUCCUGAAAUCCUGUCCUGUCAGCUCAGGAAUGAGACUCCCUGGGGAGAAAAGCCUUUUAUUGUCCUUGGAAGCCCAGGCUGUUUGCCUUGGGACAGGUGAAUUUGCUGGAAAACAGACAUCCCCCCCAUCACUGUAUGGUACAAAACUUCAUUAAAGUUGCACCUGACAACCA